AUGUCGGACAACAACGCCCAUCCUGGUGUUCGUAGCCUGCUGGCCAAGUUUGAGAACAGCCAGAGCCCGAUUACCUCCCCACCGUCGCGUGGCCGAUCCCCCGUGGGCUCAGAUACCCCGGGUUCGACCAGGCCGCUGUCCAAAGUCCGUGCCAGCUUCGUGACCGUGGACGGAGCAAUUCAGUCCAGCCCGGGAUCGCCACUGAGGAAGACAAGUGGUCGAAGUGACAGUCCAGGGAUCUUUGGACCUAAGAUCAAUGCAGAGGAGGUCGAGUCGCGCCGUCAGAAUAAUGUGGUCUCUCCAACGCCCGGUGGUCAUGAAAAGGCUCACACAAGCAUUCUGGAUAGGGUGAUGGGUGAAGGUGAACCCCAGAAAACCGCGACGGUGACAAAGGAGCGGACGAUUAGUGGCAAUCAAGAGACUCCCGCGCUUGCAGAGGGUGGAGCUGCGAUGGAGGCCCUGCCGGCAACGAAGGAAAAGCUAGCUUCAAAUGCGCCAACAACUGCGGAUGUUGAGGCUUCCUCCGAGAACGCGAAAGGGUUACUGAAGACAGUUACAAAGCGACCUUCCAAUGUUCACACUGCCAAACAUGCCACGACCAAGCCUACCCCCAACACCACCGCUUCGACCUCAUCAAGAACAGCCAACAACAAUGGAAGUGCCAAACCCACAUCAGCCCGUGAAGUGGCUAAGGAACGAGCCAAUGCUCUUGCCCACAAACCUAGUCGCCCUUCACUCAACCCUGCAAUCAAGACCAAAACACGGACGACUCGAGGUGCUACCCCAUCGGCCGAUGUCCACAAGACAUCUACCGGCAACAACAAACCUCGAUCCAAAUCACCCACGAGACCUGUUCGCCUGCCAGGUUCAAUGACCGCACAAACUCAAUCAUCGAAUGCCAAACAUGGAAGCACUGGACCUGCCACGGGACGGACCGAGAAGCCAGCAGCAACUCUCACGAGAAAACCAUCUACACUCAAGAGUGCGGCAACUCCAGCGGGGCCCGUCCGCCGGCAACCGUCUCGCCCGUCCCUCCCUGCCCAGUCUGGCCCUGAACGUCCCAGCUCUCGGGUUAGUGACACUGGCACAAGACCAGUCAACGAAAGCUUCCUCGCCCGGAUGAUGCGUCCGACGGCUAGCUCUGCGAGCAAGACCAACGAGAAGACUGAGACUAAGGCUCAUGUCAAGCCUACAGUCUCCAAAGCUCCUCGCCCUUCAAUGGGACGUGCUGUAGAGCGAGGUGUGACUCACACAAAGGCAAAGCCUGCGGCUCUGAAGCCACAGAAUGAGAAAUCUCAGCCUAUCAGCAAGGAGGCUCCAUCGAAGAAGGCCGAAGUGGAUAUUCCUCACAAGAACGACGAGAGUGAGAAGGAGAACAUUGAGGAAGUUGGUACUAGGAUUCCCGAAGAGCCUUCUUUCACUGAGGCCGAAGAUGUCAUCGUUGAGGAGCCCGAGCCGGAGGUCCCGUCCGAGACUGGCGUGGAGGAUGUUACAGAGAAACCAAUUGAGCAACCCAUCACGGAGGCUGAGCCUGAGGCCUCGCCAGAACCGAUUGAGAAGCCCACCGAGCGGACUGCCACGGAAGCCACGGUUGAGGAUUCUGAAGAACCUGUCGCCACGAAUGCCCCGGAGACAUCUGCACAAGAGGGCAGCACAUCUGAGGAUGUUGAGGUCUCUCCGGAGGUUUCUGCUCCUGCUACCACGCAUGAAUCGGGUGAGCAGGAGAAUGAGCCUGAUGUGAAGGAAGUGGAAAAGGCGUCUGCCGAGACCGCCACUGAACCGAAUGAAGAGAAGGUGUCCUCAGAGUCGCACCCGGAGCCAGAGGCACCCAAGGAGGAUAUUUCUGAGGCUUUCGACGAACCUACCGAGCCCAUCGUUGCCACCAUCACUGAAGCAAACGAGACUUCCAAGGUUGAGCCCAGUCUCCCUCAGCAGAUUGAGACUACCGCCUCGGCUUCUGUUGAUGAUGCACCCGAGAUCACGGAGGAUGUGAAUGUGGUGCAGCCCUCUGAGAAGAUUCAGGAGCCCAAGGAGUCGAUUCCUGUGGUAGAAUCUGCAGCCCCAGCCAAGUCGGACAUGGCCGACAUUAACUUUGCCAGCCUGGCUCUGAGCUAA